CUGUCUCACCAGCAGACCAGCAGCAGCAGCCCGGAAGAAAAGAUCGGGACGGAAGUGGAAGUUGGAAUGGAAUUCUAAAUUAUUUAAUUAUUUAAUUCCCUAUUUAAUUGGGGGGAAGGAAUAGUUAAGUAAACAAAGGUGUAAAUUACGGGUUAACUGCUGGACGGUAAAUUGGUUCGUUUAUCUUUGACAUUUUCGACAUGUUCAUUCCGGAAGUGCAUCCUCCAGAAAUGUCCACAUUUUAAGGAAAGGAAGACCAGACAGUAAAAAAGAGUGAGGCUCACAAGUCAAUCGAGCAGUACCGACCCCUCUAGUCAGUCCGCCAUAGAUUAAGAGUAAUUACAUUUAUUUAUUGACGAAGCCAUAGAACGGAAUGGGGAGUAGUUUCUUCAUAAAUUCACCACUUAUAUUGCUAACCAAACCUCAAUCUAGAACGAUCCAUCAAUAAUACGCCGCCGAAGAAGUGAACACGCCGUGCAAAAAGAGGUUGGAUCAUCACAUCGGCAAAUAGAAGGAUAAGCUACUGCAAUAAAUACAUGGUCAGUCCUUCCCGUCAUAAACGUGAGUGAGUGGACAACGGGGUUAUCUAUCCAUCGAGAUCAUUCGUUAGGUUGGAUCAAUGUCAUCAAUGUCAUCCCAACAACCAAUCCAGAUGAAGACUACUCAAUACGAUUAAUCAUACAUAUACACAUUUACUUAAUACUGAUGGAUGCAACGGCAAUAUUUAAAAAAGGCGAGGAAAGACUACUACAUAACUGAAGUAAUUGGUGGAAUAUAUAUCUCACUUACCAAAUGUUAAGCAAAAUCACACCACGAAAUUUUACCAAACAAUCCAAUCCUGCUCUUCAUUCCACGUCCAACAUCAAAUCCACAUGCUGUGUGUAUGUGAGUUUGAGUUCAGAGUUUAUCCUUUUCAGACUCCAGCUCCCACUGCUAAAAACUGUUUGUCCACUCGAACUGGGUCAUCGUCAUCUGGAUUUGAAGAUUCUACAAAAUUUCUGGUCACGUCUUUUGAUUUGGAAGGGAACUGGGAAGUGAUGUGACGUAUUUAAUAGUCAAAACUGGACAAUAGUUUGAAAAACAAGUUGGAUUUUGAACCAUGAAAAAUGCCGAAGAUAAGUGCGUCGUAGAAAUAAAUAGAUGUUGACCCUUCUCCUCCUCCAAUCCUAUCUGCUCACUCGAUCUCGCAAAGAAGAACAAGCACACGACCACGUAGACAAGUCACGUUCACAUACGAAUCAAGUCAACAAGAAGGACGAUAACAAUUCCGAAUCGUCACUGGAACACAAUUUUUUCUCUUCGUGGUUGUGGUCAUUUUUAGGCUACUACUGGUCAACUAAUUAUUCGUUCUUCUAUGCAAAUUCUGUGGAAAAAUCUGCACCACCGGAAAUAAAAUGUCUCCGCAAUCACAACAAUAAUUACAUAAUUUUACAAAGUGUUCAGUCCUGGUUGUCAGAUUCGAACAGUUUAUCGAUGCCGAUAAGCAACGAGAAGGAAGUCGCCCUUCUCCCAACAUUUCCCCCACCACCAUCACGACCAAAUUCCAACAAUAUGUCGCUCGAGGACAAGUUCAAAGCUGCGGUCAAAGUUAUACACAGUUUACCGAAAGAUGGUCCUUAUCAACCCUCGAACGGGACAAAACUCAAAUUUUAUGGACUUUUCAAACAAGCCACGGAAGGAAUAUGUACCAUCCCGAAGCCAAGUUUUUGGGACGUUGUUGGAAAAUACAAGUGGGAAGCGUGGCACGAUUUGGGCCAAUUGACCAAAGAGGAAGCUAUGCUCAAGUAUAUUGAAGGUCUUAAAGAGAUUAUCGAGACCAUGUCGUGGGACGGAAACGUCCAAGAUUUCCUAGAUUCGAUCGGCCCAUUUUAUGAAUUUGUCAACUUGCAAGGUUCCGAAAUGAGUCAUGUCAAAGAAACCAUUGACCGUUUAACCAGCAGCGGCAGUAGCAGCAGUAGCAGUGGUACUGGCAGCAGCUCGAGUUCUGGAAGUAGCAGUGCGAUCAGCUCCAUUGUCCCCACACCGAUAAACUCUUGCCCAAAUUCCCCCCUAAAAAGUCUCACGGAUAAUGAAAGCUCUUCCACUUCUGGGACCACGAUGAUUGAAAAUAAUACCGAGGCGAGGGCACAAGUUCAGGUUGAAACGAGAACUGCAACUUACGAGACGAACCACAUCACGACAAAUGGAAGUUCCCCCUCCUUGUACACUAACGGAUUUCAACCCCACCAUCACCACCACCCAAUCCUCCCCACUCCACAACACACCUACCGAAAGAACAGCGUCCCCCUUCUCCCUCACGAAAUCAACGAAAUCGACGACCAAGAACAGCAAAACGACGACAUGAUAGCCAUCACUUUAAACGGCACUGGAACAAUAACUUGUCAAGAAGAUUUAGAAAAGGAUCCCGAACAGGAAGUGACAAUGCUCGAAAAUUCUGCGGCCGCCGCCACGACGUCCGGCACAGAAUCCGAGAAAUACUACAGUGGCGACAGCGAACCCGAUUUCGACGACAAAUUUAACGGCUACCAUCACCUGGACAACUUUCCCCCCGCGGUUGCCGGACACUCGAGAAAUUUCCUCCUGGGACAAAGUUCUUUUCACGACAGGUCCUCCCCCCUCGUCGUGACACGUGGCGUUUCUACUUCACCACCGCCAACGUCGACGGUAGGAACGUCGUCCUCCUCUUUGAAAAAGUCGGUCGUCACGUUCUCCAACGGGAGCAGAAAUCGGAAAUCCAGCCCAAAAUCCUCCGGGAUUGAGGGACUCCUCUCAUCGGACGCCAUCCUGUCCUCCACCGUGGACCGAUUAAACCGAGACGUCGACCAUAUCAUGGCUCGGUUACGGAUUUUGGAGACCGCUUACGCCGCCAGUGUCUCCAACGGUGGGGGUGGCGAUGAGGGGAUGCUGGAGCUGGGACGACGCCGACGGGGGCCCGCUUUCUUCGGGAACAUGUCCUACUCUGCCAUCGCAUUCUUACUCAUGUGGCCUUUCGCUGUCCACUUUCUCCUCAAGGCGAUGACAUGGUGGUGGGCGCGGAGGAGGAAAAUUCUCACGGGAAUUGUCUUAGCAUCCACGACGAAGAAGAAUAAUCUGAGCCUUCAACAAUAAUCCAGAUAUUAACGUAGCUUGGAAUCUCUUCAUCACGAUCAUUUUGGUGACGAGUCCUACGUUAAGUUAAGAAAGAUGCAGAAACUAUAAACAUGAAUGAACGAACAAAGACAAAAGUGGAUAUUAUUUACUACUCGCAUUUCUUGCAUGUAUACAUAUUUCUAGAGUUUUCGUCGUUCGUUACGUUGUUUUCUUGUUGGAAAAUAUAGCUUAUCUACUUACUUAAUACACACCAUGCUUAUCGUGCCAUGCCAUUCCAAACAACGCCAAAGUUACCAAUGUCCUUUCAUCCAUGUAUUUAAAUACCUAUUUAAAAUUUAUGUAAACUUUUUGAUCUACUCUCGACUUAUUUUUACUUCCUUCUCUUCAACCGUUCCUCUGUUUUUGAUAUCUUUUUGUGUAGAAUUGCAUAUGUCGUGAUAAAUAUUUACAUAAUUACUUUUUCUGCCUCUCACCAGCUUCACUUUUUAAACAUCCAGAAAUUUUUGAUGCAUUUUGUAAAAACAAGUGUUCUUUUUAAAAUCUGUUAAUUUGUUCACCAUUAGUUUUAAUUGACUUAUCGAUAGUUUCUUAUGUGCUUAUCUUCUGCCUACCUGUUGUGACUUCUUCCUCUGCUAAGAAUACCUGAACAUUGAAAAUUACCAGCAAGCAAUACGACGAAUUUCCUCAGCACGUAUCUACAUACAGAUUUACUUCUUAAAGAUGCUACCACACAAAUUAAUUAUUAUGAUAUAAAAAAUACGUUAAUUAAUCUAGUCAGCUACAAAUUUUACCUACUUAUUUAUUACUUAAAAAUGUGUAAUAAUUUUAUCCUGUAAUAUUUUUAAUGAGUGAAAUGAAAUGGUUGAGAUGCCAGACUGGGAAAAAAAUAUAGUCAAAAAGUGUGGAAAUCCAGUCAUAAAUAAAAUUAUGUAUGGAGGAGUAAAAAGUAAUAAAAGUUUUAAAAUGAGUGAAAA